GUGAGCUAUCCCUGCCGGCCCAUGUCAGUCCGUACACAAAGGAUCCCCGGGCACCAAUGGAGAGCAGGGAGGAUGCCUACGCCCAUCUGGAGCUAUGCACCCUGGAACAGUCCCUUCUGGCCACAUGCGUGGGCAGCAUCGCAGAACUCAGUGAGUGUGUGUGUGUCUUUGUGUGUGUCACAUUUUCAAUCUUCACAUUCACUCAAACACUCUCAAACAUAUCACAUACCCUCUUCAUUUUAUAUUCAAAGAUUCCCUCCCUCACACACUCUUUCUCAAACACCCACAUACUCCUCUCGCUUUAGUCCUAGCCAGCGAGGAACUAUCUGGUCCUUAUGCAUGUGAUCCAUCAGUCUAAUCUAGUCAGGAGAAAGAGACAGUUCAUGACACAGACUCCUACUGACCAUGUUCAACCUGGAUCUGAGUAGAGUGCCAUCUUUCACAUUUAGAGAUGCCGAGAGGUACCAGCUGUUAACUCCAACAUCCCCAGUCGGUCUCGUUCUUCUGUUGUUCAUCUUCAUUAAAACUAGGGCACCUAAGUAGGGCAGCACUGAACACCAUUGGUUACUUUGAAAGAUGGCACCCAAAAUUCAAAUUUUGAAUCCAACUGUCCAUUUGUCUCAUGGAUUUUGUUAGAAUGUAUACUUACUUAGAAGUCUCUUUCUGUAAGUCAGUUGUCCCCAAAACAUUUUAAAGCGCUGUGCCCCACCUAGCUAAAGCCUCUCAAAUAAACAAACCACAUUUCUAGCCAGUAACUAAGGCCAGGAUUCAAACCCAUCAUGCUUUGUCGACAAUGCACCUUUUAAAUCAAAUCAAAUCAAAUUGUAUUGGUCACAUGCGCCGAAUACAACAGGUGCAGACAUUACAGUGAAAUGCUUACUUACAGCCCUUAACCAACAGUGCAUUUAUUUUUAACAAAAAAAAGUAAAAAAUAAAACAACAACAAAAAAAGUGUUGAGAAAAAAAGAGCAGAAGUAAAAUAAAAUAACAGUAGGGAGGCUAUAUAUACAGGGGGGUACCGGUGCGGGGGCACCGGCUAGUUGAGAUAGUUGAAGUAAUAUGUACAUGUGGGUAGAGUUAAAGUGACUAUGCAUAAAUAAUUAACAGAGUAGCAGCAGCGUAAAAAGGAUGGGGUGGGGGGCAGUGCAAAUAGUCCGGGUAGCCAUGAUUAGCUGUUCAGGAGUCUUAUGGCUUGGGGGUAGAAGCUGUUGAGAAGUCUUUUGGACCUAGACUUGGCACUCCGGUACCGCUUGCCGUGCGGUAGCAGGGAGAACAGUCUAUGACUAGGGUGGCUGGAGUCUUUGACAAUUUUGAGGGCCUUCCUCUGACACCGCCUGGUAUAGAGGUCCUGGAUGGCAGGAUGCUAAAGGCAAUGUUCCCGUGUUAGUGGAGACUGCAUUCAUGGUAAACACUGCAUAUGUCGGCUCAAUCGGAAAUUACCUUUAAAUGGCACAUUGUCGACAAAACGUUAUCAGAUUGAAUCCCAGCCUUACUCUUUAGCCACAAUCCAGUAGGGACUGGUUGGGAAACAUUGCUUUACCAUUUAUGUCAAAGCUAGCAUUGUAGAAAGGAUGACAGACAGACAGUGUUGGUGUAGAGAACAACACUGGUCUCAGGUUUAACAUUAGCAUAAUAAAGUUAACCCUGUUCACUGUCAGUUUUAAAAAAAAAUCUGACUGUUGGUCUGUUUCUAGGGUCACUUCAUUAGAAUCAGAGGGGGAUAUCCUAUCCACUGAAUCAUUAGGCUAUAUAACAGACGACUGUGUGUUCCCAAAACACAAGGGCACUUUCACGUCAGCCACAGGGUGUAAUAGACCCCCUUGCUCCCCCCGCCCCACACACACACCCCAAACACACGCACACACACUCCCCUGUUUCCACAAACCAAACAAAUUCCUUUUUUCUCUGGUCGUCUUGGGAGUAGCACCUAGCAAAACAGUGCACACACUUGUUCAUUCUUGGAGACCAAGCGCAUAAAUUAAAUGGGACAACAUACAGUUUGUUUCACCAUUUUAAAAAAAUCAUAAUUGUGGUGCUUAUUGCUAUCACUAGAAAUUAAACAUUGUCUAGUAUAUCUACCCAUAUGGAUAUACAGUACAUACUGUAUACAUGAUAUGAACUAAAACCUGCAUAUACUUUAACAGACACUGUGGCUACUUCAGGAGCCUUAGCAUCAUUAAACAAGGAAGUAGUCGUUUUAAGAUUAUAAUCUCUUUCACAGGAGCAGGUUCUCUCACUGCUCUCUGGUUGCAACGUUUAAGAGCAAGCAUCUCUUCUUUCUAAUCCCUUCCACAUAUGUGCCAUUAAACCCCUGCAACUUAUCCAGAACGCUGCAGCCCGUCUGGUGUUCAACCUUCCCAAGUUCUCUCACGUCACCCCGCUCCUCCACCACACUCCACUGGCUUCCAGUUGAAGCUUGCAUCUACUACAAAACCAUGGUGCUUGCCUACGGAGCUGUGAGAGGAACGGCACCUCCUUACCUUCAGGCUCUGAUCAGACCCUACACCCAAACAAGGGCACUACGUUCAUCCACCUCUGGCCUGCUAGCCCCCCUACCUCUACGGAAGCACAGUUCCCGCUCAGCCCAGUCAAAGCUAUUCGCUGCUCUGGCACCCCAAUGGUGUAACAAGCUCCCCCAUGACGCCAGGACAGCGGAGUCACUGACCACCUUCCGGAGACACUUGAAUCCCUACCUCUUUAAGGAAUACCUGGAAUAGUAUAAUAGUAAUCCUUCUACCCCCCCCCCCCCCACCCCCCUUUACUACCACUGUAUUUUGUCUAAACUAACACCUGACUUAUUUCACCUGCUAGCACUGACUUGUUUAAAGAAAUUUACUUAUUGUGAUCGAGAUGCAGUUGUCCCUGAUUGCACUGACUUUGCUCACAGCUGCUUUUUUGAAGAAGUGUACUUACUGUGAUCAAGAUGUGGUUGUCCCACUGGCUAUCCUAAGUUGAAUGCACCAAUUUGUAAGUCACUCUGGAUAAGAACGUCUGCUAAAUGACUUAAAUGUAAAAUGUAAGUGACUGCUUAGCUACGGCUGAGGACGACCAUUCCUGAUUUAACGGUCUAUAGGGAAGGACGUGCCGUUGAGCCCAGCUAAACCCAACUCUGCUCCCAAACUUGACUUCUAAUGAGCUGUAUCUGAGACUCGAUCAUUGAACCAUUCUUAUUGUUGAAUCUGUAUAGAGAUAUAACAAGACACAGAAUUGACUCACUUAAGAUUAAUGUUAGCUCCAGCUGCUACCUGUGAUAUCUCAGAAACUGAAGGGCAAACUCGCGAUGUAGCUCUGUCUAUAACUGUCCUGACAGAAGUUGAAAGUCCCACAGUUUUGGUAAGGAAACGGAUAUCGCAUACAGAGCAUUAUGGCCACUGAGGUACAUCAUGCUACAACUACAGCAUCCAUGUUUAAUUGAUCAUGUAUAGCUGAUGUUUUAUGGAUUUGUAUCAGAUGAUGAUGUGUGUGAUACUGAAUGUGCAUGUGACUGUUUCCUCUCAGGUGACCUGGUGUCACGCUCCAUGCACCACAUACAGCGCCUCCGCGCAGUAAGCCCCUCCCUCAGCCCUAUUCGCCCAGCUAAUCAGCAUUCAGUAUUCUGGGCGCCCGAUGCCAUGCGUACCCUCUACUACUUCCUGUCUAGCCCACAGAUGGAAUCACUGGAGAACCCAAAUCUAGAGCCCCCCAGGAUGGCCCUUAGCAGUGAAAGGUAAGGGCUGUGUGUGUGUGCGUGCGUGUGCGUGUGCGUGCGUGCGUGUGCAUUCUUGUAUGUUUAGGCACACAGAGAUAUUGUUUCCCUCCACCUGGUACCAAUUAUAAUCACAGGCCUCAUUAACCUGUUAGCUUCAAGUCAAACUCAGCUCUGUGUCUCUGUUGAGCCCUGUGAUCUCAGUAACCAUAACCAGAGAGGAAGAGGUGAAGCAAGAGGUUUCACUCUCGCCAAAACCUGUCCAAAAUAAGCCUGAUGCGUUUCUAUGGGCUUAUUUUGGACCUAAGCUUGUCGCCUGCUUUUCCGCCUUUGGGACAACAACUCCCAUUGUUAGGCUGAAGACAUGAGCAUCUCGACAUUAUAUACAGAUCUCUGCCAUUACGACCUGCCUCUGUGCUCUGGGGAGGUGAAGAGACCGCAUGUUCUAAAACAAACGUCACAUCAUGGAAACAGUGUUCUCUUUAUAGUGCUUUGUUAACAGUAUAAGGGUGCCCUUUUUCUCAAUUAGGGCAAAAGUUAUGGGAGGAUGCUACAUAAACACACAUUAAGACUACCAAAAAAUACCCUGCGUGAACUUGUUUUUGCCCACUGCAAGAAAAGGUUAAGUAGUCGUUAUUGUACAAAUGGCUGAGGAAUUGGUCGUUUACGCCAGAUCUCAGGGCAUUGUGGGAUUUUGAGUCAUUGAGGAGAGUGAAUAAAUUAUAUCACGUCAUUGCUUGAAUCUUUGCUCCUCCCCCAGACUGUUUAUGCUCCUCCCCCCUCUGAUGGAGUGGAUACGGAUUGCCUUGGUGCACGCGGAACACCGCCGCAGCCUAUUGGUGGACAGCGAUGAUGUCAGACAGACUGCCAGACAGCUCCUCCCAGGAUUGGACUGUGAGCCCAGACAGCUGAGGUAGAAACACACUGAGCGUUGCAUAUUUAAUGGGAUACUCUCACCAGCCAGUUUAUUAGGUACACCCAUCUAGUACCGGGUCGGACCCCCCUUUGCCUCCAGAACAGCCUGAAUUCUUUGGGGCAUUCUACAAGGUGUCGGAAACGUUUCACAGGGAUGUUGGUCCAUGCUGACGCGAUGGCAUCACGCAGUUGCUGCAGAUUGGACGGCUGUACAUUCAUGCUGCGAACAGCCCGUUCCAUCUCAUCCGAAAUAUACUCUAAUGGGUUGAGGUCUGGGGACUGCGCAGGCCACUCAGGUAAACUGAACUCGCUGUCAUGUUCCAGGCAAUGUUUUUCCACUCCUCAAUUGUUUAGUGUUGGUGAAUCGCGUGUCCACUGGAGCCGCUUCUUCUUGUUUUUAGCUGAUAGGAGUGGAACCUGUCUGUUGCAAUAGCCCAUCCGUGAAAAGGAUCGACGAGUUGUGAGUUCCGAGAUGCCGUUGUGCACACCGCUGUUGUACUGCGCCGUUAUUUGUUUGUUUGUCUGUCCUGACAUUCUCCUUCGACCUCCCUCAUCAACAAGCUCUCUUCGCCCACAGAACUGCCGCUGACUGGAUGUUUUUUGUUUGUCGCACCAUUCUAACCCUAGACACUGUUGUGCAUGAAAAGCCCAGGAGGGCGUCCGCUUCUGAGAUACUGGUUCUGGCGCGCCUGGCACCGACGAUCACACAGCGUGGUCGCUUAGGUCACUCGUUUUGCCCAUUCUAACGUUCAAUCGAACAAUAACUGAAUGCCUCGAUGACUGUCUGCCUGCUUUAUAUAGCAAGCCACGGCCACGUGACUCACUGUCUGUAGGAGCGAUCCAUUUUUGUGAAUGGGGUGGUGUACUUAAUAAACUGUCCGGUGAGUGUAUAUUACUGUAACAUGCAAUGGAAGGAUGCUGAACCAUACUGUUGCCUUGUGAAACCAGUACAUAACAGUAGGCCUACUGUCAUUAUUGAAGAGUUAUGAAUGUUUUCUUUGUAGCCUCGCUCUCGCUCUCUUUCUCUCUUUCUCUCUUUCUCCUCAUCCUCUUGUCUCUCCCUCUCUCCUAGGCCUGAGUGUUGUUCCAGCUCAUUUAGGCGUCUGGACUCUAAGGCAGCUACAGAGAAGCUUCAGCUGGACCUGGGCUUCCGCAUGCUGACCUGUGGCAGAGCAGACCUGAUUGGUCAGGCCACACAGCUACUGGGACCAUCAGGGGUUAACACUAUGGAUGACCAGGUAGGACUGGGGAUAGGUGGUGGGGAUAGAGGUAGGGGGAGUUGGGGAGAGGGGUAGGACAUAUACAUAUUCAGAUAUAAGACUGACAGGUUUGAACAUGAAGGUAAAAGAGACUGAGUAUUUAUCCUCCCUGUCAAUACUUGUCAGUCUUCUGUUUGAAUACAUAUACUGUAUGCCCUACCCUGACUUGUGUUAGAGAGUGUAGAGACUCAAUAAAACUGUUCAGAGUAAGAUGUGUAUUCUCUGACCUACAGGGUAUGACCCCUCUGAUGUACGCGUGUUCAUGUGGAGACGAGGCUCUGGUCCAGAUACUGGUGGAGGCUGGAGCCAACCUGGACCUGGCGGUAAACACUACUACUCUAUAGAUAUUAUUAUAAUAUGAUACAGAUAGUAUAUCAUGUAAUGAGUUGAAAAAUCCGGUAACUUUCUCAAAAUUCCCAGGUUUUCCAGAAAUCACAGUUGGAAGAUUACUUGAAUCCGAAGGAACUGAGCAGGAAAUCCGGAAUCCUCCGACCAGGAAUUAUGGAAAACCUGGGAAUUUUGAAGAGUUACUGGAAUUUUGCAACCCUAAUCAUCUAAUAUAAUGGCUUUGUGCUGAAACUGCCUCUACUACAACAUAAUCAUUUGAUGGCAAUGUUUACCAACAAGCUUGCUUUGAACGCAUAUACAUUUUAGACUUAGAUAUGUAACGUUUUCCAUUCUUCUCUCAGGUUCCUUGCUGUUCCCCCAGACAGCCCUCGGUCCACCCAGACAGUCGUGGUUGGGUGGCCCUCACCUUCGCUGUGCUGCAUGGACACCUCUCAGUAUCUCAGGUGAGACCUCACUGCCCAGUGGAAAAGGUCUAACACAGUUUCUCAUGCACACAUCUCAGCCUUGAUAGUGCUACGUACCCUGUGUGUAGAAUAGUAUUAACCACUCCUCUGUGUUUCUGUGUUGUAUAGCUGCUGUUGGAGGUGGGUGCAGACGUGGAGGGUACUGCUGUUACUUCCGGUCAGGAGAGCUCUGCUGAGACCCCUCUACAGCUGGCCUCUGCUGCUGGGAACUAUGAAAUGGUGAGCUUGCUGCUGGCCCACGGGGCCGACCCUCUACUCAGAGUGCAUGAUUGUAACGCUCUGACAUCACCGCUCUACGAGGACAUGAACUGCUUCAGCUACGCCGCUGCACACGGACACAGGUAGCUACACCUGUCUAACUAGUCUAGGCUUGGGCUAUGUCUCAAUAGUCUAAAGUGGUGUCCUUUCCUUGUCUAUUUCCUUCAGUCAGAACUGUGAAUGAAUGGAUACUCAUCCCCUACUCUCCUACAGAAACGUCCUGAGGAGGCUUCUGACCCAGCCCCAGCAGAGGAAGGAGGACAUUCUCUCUCUGGAGGAGAUACUGGCUGAGGGGGUCCAGGAGGAGGAAGAGGAGGCUGGCUCACUACCUCCCCCCAGCCUCAGCCCUGGUAGCCCUGCUGUCUGCCCCAGUAGCUCCAGCUCCAGCCCCAUGCCCAGGCUAUGUAAGGCCAGGAUGAAGGCGCUGCAGCAGGCUGCCUACUACAGCGCUGAACACGGCUACCUGGAUGUCACCAUGGAGCUACGAUCACUGGGUAUUUGUAGGCCUACUUCUUCUGUUUUAUACUAUCAUCAUUGUUUUCUGAAGGACUUGUCAUGAAUCACUCAUUCCUAAGCACAGAAAUAUUAUUUGAUCCUCUUUAGGUUGUUUGUUCUCAAUGACUGACCUAGGUAAAUAACCUCUUGGGACCCUAAUUUGUUCCCCAGGUGUCCCCUGGAAGCUCCACGUGUGGCUGGAGUCCCUCCAUGUAGCCCAGCAGCUGUUCAGGGAUGAGGUGACCCUCUCUCUCCUCAGAGACUUCACCACUAUCAGGCCACAGGACUACUGCCAGGAGCUGGUCUCGCCCGCCCUCCCUAUCAUGUUCAACAUGCUUGCAACCAGCAAGGUAGCAAUGACUGCUAGGCUACCUUGCAGUCCAAUUUCUCCUUCAGUGAGUGUUGUUUGGUGUUAAGUUUACCAUGUAGACUACAGUAUGUCAGUACAAGUUUUCAUUGAGUAAAUGUUCAAUGAAACCUCAAACUUAAAGCAGAGUAUGAAUCAGAAAUCGAUCCAACAUCUAAGAAUUCUCAAAUCAGUUGUUAUAAAAUGGGAAGCAAACUUCCAAUAAAAUCACGACUCUUUCUGAACAUGAUUAUAUCCCUUUAGGACUGUGCCAUAACCAAGAGACUGUCAGCCAUCUUCUCUCACUGUUACGGCUCUGCUCCUAUUCCCUCUGUUCCUCAGAUGGACCUCACUCUCUCCACACAGCUAGGUAUGGAGACUGGCAUAUUCUCUCUAUAUGGAACAAACUACAAUCUGUUUCAUUUUUCAGAUUUUUGGGGUCUGAGUUCUCACUUCAUUUUAGCAAGUAUAACUCCAACUUUUGUCUAAAUCAUGCUUAGUUGUGUACAUGUAUUUCAAUGCAUGUUUCUGACUCUAAAUGGUGUAAACGUCACUUCCCUCUCUCUCCCACCAGAUGCUCAUUUCCUGAACAACCCAGAGAUGUCUGACGUAAUGUUGUUAGUGGAAGGCCGUCCCUUCUACGCCCACAGGGUCCUCCUCAUGUCUGCCUCCGAGAGGUGAGCUAGCACUUCCCUCCUCACACCUGAGGUGGCAGCCUGAGACUAAAAGCAUAGUAUGUUUAUCAUCAAGUAUGACCUUGUGUGGAGGCUCUAGUGUUUUCAGGGCAGCCUGUGCUUUUGUGUCCACAAGUUGGUUACCAAAUCUCUUUUGUCUCUUUCAGGUUUCGGUCCCUGCUGAGUUCCUGUGGGUCAGACACCAGCACCAUCCACAUCUCUGACAUCACAUACAGCACCUUCCAGAGGAUGAUGAGUUGUCUGUACUGUGGGGGGACUGAAGGGCUGAGGCUGUCACAGGCUGAUGCUAUGGAGGUAAGAAAUGUAUCCUCAUUUACACUGAUAGAACUUCAUUCAUACAUCCCAUUGUUGAUCCAUACAUUUACCACAGUGGUUAAGCUUUAUGAAUGGCCCCCACUAUCACUUGUCAUUGAGGAGUGGAAAGACAACAUAAAUUGAAUGUAUGUUUGGAGGGGUGAUUUGUGAUGGAAGUAUUCUCUGCUCCUCUGUCAGCAGCUGCUGCCAGUAGUCCGUUUCUUCCAGCUGAAGGUCCUAGAGAGGCAGUGUGAGAUCCUGCUCUCCCAGAGUAUCACCCGGGACAACGCAGUCAGCAUCUACUUGAUGUCUAGGGUAAGAAUUCAAACCUUGUUAUCAUGAAAGGUAGUCCUAUGCAGGCUUAAAGCUAUAAGUCAUCAUUUUAUUUGUGUGUUAUAUGCACCUUGAAAUUAGUACAUGCAAUCCAUUAUAAUGAUCAUAAUAGAUGAAAAGUGUGCCUGUGCGAGAGGUGCUUGGAUCAGUAUCAUUGUAAUAUGUGUCUUUCUUUCUCUCUCUCUCUCUCUGUGUGAUUCUGUACAGGAUCACGGGGCGGCAGAUCUCAGGAAGUUCUGUGAAGGUUUCUUCCUGCAGCACAUGGAACAGCUCCUGGAGAGAGAGGACUUCCACAGGCUGCUCAUGGGAGGGGCCCGUCAGGAACAGCUCUCCCCAGAGACAGAGCCCCGGAGUGGACCAUGUCAGGACCGACACUCCUCUCUCCUCCUGGAGGAUCUG